GUUGCCUCUCUCGGCGUCACCACGUUCACACUGUGCGCCCUCUGCAUCGACCGAUUUCGUGCCGCCACCAACGUGCAGAUGUAUUACGAGAUGAUCGAAAACUGCACCUCGACGACCGCCAAGCUGGCCGUCAUCUGGGUGGGCGCGCUGCUGCUGGCCCUGCCCGAGGUUGUGCUGCGCCAGCUGGCAAAGGAGGACCCCGAAUAUAGCGGCAGCCCUCCGGGGGAGCGGUGCGUGGUGAAGAUAUCCACCACGCUACCAGACACCAUCUACGUGCUAGCCCUCACUUACGACGGGGCAAGACUCUGGUGGUACUUUGGCUGCUAUUUUUGUUUGCCUACCCUUUUCACUAUUACCUGCUCCCUGGUAACAGCGAGGAAAAUCAGAAGGGCCGAAAAGGCUUGCACAAGGGGGAACAAGCGACAAAUUCAGCUGGAAAGUCAGAUGAACUGCACAGUGGUGGCUUUGACCAUUUUAUAUGGGUUUUGCAUCAUUCCUGAAAACAUUUGCAACAUUGUGACAGCCUACAUGUCCACAGGGGUCUCUCGCCAGACUAUGGACCUCCUCCAUCUCAUUAGUCAGUUCCUUUUAUUCUUUAAGUCCUGCGUUACACCAGUUCUCCUUUUCUGUCUCUGUAAACCUUUCAGCCGGGCCUUUAUGGAGUGUUGCUGUUGCUGCUGUGAUGAAUGCAUCCAGAAGUCUUCAACAGUGACAAGUGAUGACAAUGACAACGAGUACACCACAGAGCUGGAGCUCUCCCCUUUCAGUACCAUCCGUCGCGAAAUGUCCACUUUUGCCUCCGUGGGGACUCAUUGCUAAUUGACCUUAGGACUUAAUUUCCUCUAUCUGUUUCUUUUCUUUCUUUUUUUUUUUUAUUUCAUAAUUUUCUUCUUGAAGCAAAAUACAAGAAAAAAGAAAAGAUUAUUGAAAAGUACUGUGGAAACCAAUCUGCAUAUUAACAGUCAUGCUUUGGAAAAUAAUUUGUUUGGUUAUUACAAUGAAAGAAGGAGAGGCAGCACUCAGUUUUUAAUCAUGAUAUUUUGUAUGGUGCUAAGAUUUUAUGGUUUGGGGAGGAGAAUCCAUAUUGAUCCACUUUUAUUUUAAUUCCAUAGUAUUUUUUUGAUAAUCACUGUAAAAUGAUUAUAUAGACAUUGCUGGCUUUGCAAGAUGUUUCAUGUAAAAGACGUGGUGGAAAGUAUUUGAAGAUAGUUUUAAUCCAAUUACUGUAAACUAUUGUGGGAGGACUUGGACUUCAGAAAUUUAUGAAGUGGCAUAAAAAUAAAUGAGGUUUUAUUCUUUAACUUGAUUGUCAAUCUGCAUUUAACAAGUCACCUUUAAGUAGUUACUAAAUUUCCUUAAUAAGUAACAAAAAUCUUUGCUUUGCAUAAAAUAAUUUAAAUGGCUAUAUUUAAUUUACCAUUCAUGUACUUACCCUUGGAGGCUAUAAUUUCAGUGUUUAAGGAAGAUGGUUAUGAUGGUAUUAGAUUUACAUGAGGGUAUUAUUUUUUUAAUAUAUAUUACAAAGGUUCAAUGUGCCUCACUGAUAAUUUCCUCCUUAACCUGCUGGUAUACAAAACCUAAGUUAUUUUGCACUUCUUAUGAAGAAAGAUUUCCUUUCUCACUAAAUUUUGCCUUGUGUGGUUUCAAAAUCAAGUUUCUUUUGAAUUUGUUAUUGGUUUUACAUUGAGAUUCUGUCCUCAGUCUCUGUAUAUAUAGCUCCUACUGGCUUCAGUGAGAGUCCCAUCGCAGAGGAAGGCAUUCUUUUGCCAGGGGUUUGCUGACAAUAAAUGUGAGGGACUGAAACAUGUGGAGAGUGAAUUCC